UUUCAAUUUUUGUACCUCACUCUCGCACUUUACUGAAUAUGUCGAAGCGUUGAAGCUUCUCCCUUUAGGUCCUUAUAAAUCCCUAAAGAUUAGAAAUCUUUAGAUUACGAUGCAUGGUGUAGCGGAACUCUACCUGUAUAUUUUCAAACCUGUGUAAGUCUAAGUGGAAUAUAUCAACUAGUAUGUGCAUUUUAGACAGCUCUAGUCAGACGACAUGAGUUACCUGCGGGGUCCUGCUGAGGACCCGCUCCUGGACGUGACCUUCGGUCAGCUGUUGGCCGACAAGGCAGCUAAAUGGCCGGACCGAGAGGCGUAUGUGUUCAAGAAGACAGGUUCAAGGAUCACGUUUUCCGACAUACAAGACAAGGCAACCAGACUGGCUGCUGGACUCAAGGCCAUCGGCACGGCACCAGGAGAUGUAGUAGCCUGGCUCUUCGGGCACCGUCCGGAGUGGAUAUACCUGUACUUCGCCGUGGCCAAGUUGGGAGCUAUUGCGAGCGGUGUGAAGGUACUAAUCAUGUGUGACGAUUCCGGAGACCAGGCAACUGGCGGCACAACCCCGUUUCUGUUCAGUUUGUUCCCGGAAAUAAAAUCAGCGAAUCACGGGAAGCUGCACAUUGACAGAAUUCCAACUUUGAGCGCUAUCGUUGUACUUGAAGACAAGGCGACGGGUCCCGGUGUCUACACCAUGGAAGACCUGCAGACCCUGGGAAAUAACGAGACGCUCCAGGCUGAAGUUCAGGCUCUGCAGGACCAGCUCAGCUGCCACGACACGGUUAUGUUGGGAUUCACAUCAGGAAGUACCGGUCCGGCUAAGUGUGCUGAGCUGAGUACUUACUGUCUUCAUAACAACAUCCGUUUUAUCGGCAAGGCUGUAGGUAUGCCAAAUGAGGGCACAGCGCUCUACCCGUACUUGUCAUUCCGAUUCGCGGUGAUCUACCCAUUCACUGCCGGCUGUACACUUGUUGUUCCUGCUAGUGAGUCGCCAUCGUCUGUUGAUAUCAUGCAAAUAAUCCAAGAGGAGAGGUGCAAGGCGAUCGGCGUAUUGUUCGUAAAAGAUUGCCAUGGCCUGUUUCAUAGUCCGCACUUGGGUGAUUACGACCUGUCCUCACUUGACCGAGUGCUUGUCAUGGGCAACGUCACACCGAAGAGUCUAGUUGACCACGCUGCCAAAGUUCUGCCGACAGCAAAGUUGUUUGUUUGCUAUGGCGGCACGGAGUUCGUGUUUUUGACAUCAACGGCAGCCGAGAAGGUUACAGAGGGGAAAGGCACCACUGUAGGCAAGUUGUUACAGCAUGCAGAGGUAGUUGGUGUGCCCGAUCCCGCCAGUGUGGAGGAGAUCUGUGCAUGCAUCAUCCUGAAUGAGGGACAAAUCGCGGACUCUCAGGAGAUGACGAGUUUCUGUGCAGAGAUCGGGCUCGUUCCCAUAGAAACACCCGGCUAUUUCCUCUUCAUGGACGCGUUUCCGAUGACAUCGACACAGCGUAAGGUUGACCGGAAGAAGCUGCGACUGGUCGCCAUGGAGAGACUUGGUCUGAAGGAAGAGGCCUGAAGUCUGUCGGCAGUCAGUUUUAAUCCCGGAAUUCCAGUUUAAUUCUGGACUAAUGUCCAUAUAUCAACAAGUUUACUAAUAUUGUAAACUAGAGGUAAAAAGACAGACGUGGUGGCAGUUAAUUUUUAACCGAGGGAACUUCAGCUAGAAUUAUGGGAACUCGAGCCAGAAUUAUGGUACGUGUAGCUAGAAUUAUGGGAACUGGAGCAAGAAUUAUGGGACAGACAGAAUUCUGUACACUUCUAUACAAAAUCGGGUUAAUCCCCAAGUGCUCUACGAUGGCUAUGGUGGAAUUAAACAGUAGACUUUUCAUGAAUUAAUCAAUUAUAUUGCAAAAUGUAAAGAUAAUUCAAGGUAUUCACUGUAAUCGACAUUUAAUCAGACCUUUACAUUAGUAAUUCUUAGCUUUGCCAUUUUGGAUUGUAACCUAUCCAAAUCAAGUAUCCCUCCGCUCCGGUGUAGAAGACAUCUCACAUGUUAGGUAUGGGGAUUGAUAUUGUGCGUUAGUGGGACGUCCUCCACCGAUGGAGCUAUGCUUCUAAGUGACUGUGUCCAUUUUUUUUUCGAAUUCUUUAACAAUCAUACCUCCCCUCAUUCCUUAUGUCCGCUGUAUCGUUCUCUCUCGGUCCUGCCUCCUCCUGUGCUGCGUGGUAUCUCUCUAUACUUCGUGUUUUAUAGGGCUGAGGGCACAUGACUACCCUCACCUGUAUCACCUGUUUAUAACACCUGCUUCUUAAUCUGUUUUUUUUUUCU